AUGUCCUCGGCCCUGGCGACCAAUUUCUCUGACCUGGAGAACAGCAACGAUGUGCCCUUUUGCCUCACUGAUGAUGAAGGGAGCCUCAGCAGCCUACAGGCCCCUUCCCUGUCCUCCCCCAAAUGUCUCACGUCCCCAGAGCACAGCCCUGAGAAGUGUGAGGAAGAGAAAGAAAGGAAGAGGCGAAGGGGGCGCACCAAGGUCAAGAACGAAGCUGUCCUGCAUACCAUCAAAAAGACCAGGCGGGUCAAGGCAAAUGAUAGGGAGAGGAAUCGCAUGCACAACCUCAACGCAGCCCUGGAUGAGCUCAGGAGUGUCCUCCCAACCUUUCCUGAUGACACCAAGCUGACCAAAAUAGAGACACUGCGCUUUGCCCACAACUACAUCUGGGCCCUCUCUGAGACACUAAGAUUGGCUGAUCAGCGCCUCCAGAAACCUCCCAGAGAAAUAGCCCUGCCCAGCUUCUUGAGCACCACAGCCCCGCCCAGUCCCGGCAGUGAUGCAGGCUCCUGGAUAUCCACUGCGUCUCCAACCACCUCUUCCCUCUCUGCCUGCACAUCAAACCCCAGCAGCCCAACAACCUCUGAGGACUGUUGUUAUGGGCACACAGAGAACCUCCUUUCCUUCUGCAGCCUCCACAAAGACUUGCUGCACAACUCUGCUUGCUUUGUGCAGUACCAUUAG